AUGGGUGGCCAGAGCAUAGGUGAUGCAACUUUUGUUCCUUCGAAUUCCAAUGCCAAUGAGCCCGAGUUGGACCAGCAUCUUCAAAAGUGCAAGGAAGAUUGUGCUGGAUGCCGCCUAGCUAAGAAUUACCGCAAAUGGAGACAGCGUUUAUCAGAGAUCCCAUGGUUGGCUUUCAAAAAGCGGUGCGAUGGCACUUUGGGAGUUGGCUGCUUGCUUUGUGCUUUUGCGGGGAGUCCAUCGCCAGCCGCCUGCUUUGAAAUGGAGAAGACUGAAGUGAGGUUGUCAAAGCUCAAACGCCAUGAGCAAACAGAUGCCCAUCGGAAAGCAUGGCAAAAUGCUUCUGCUUCUACAGGUCUCCCAGGUCCUCCAGCAGCGUUGGAUUCAACCAAAGACGCCCCACCUUGCGAAGUGUUCGAAGCAGCUUUGAAGAGACGUUUGGAUGGCCUGGCUUGCCAGGCCGGGCUACCAGACCAUGGAAUUGGCCCUGACAAACUUCGCCAGCUUACCUUCUGUUUAGCCGAGGCUAAGCGCAUGAUGCUCCGGGCAUGGAUUUUAGACAAUUCUGUCACGAUUGCUUUGCAGCAGGAUGAGAGACAUCAGCGUUUGCUUUUGAGAUUUACUGCUGCUUCAGGCCGUUUGGAGAGAAAGUCUGGUGUGAUAGGGUUAGCAAAGAACUUUGGGAGUGCGGCUGGCUCGAUCAGCCAGGCCACAGAAAAGGUCAUUCGAGCAUUUUGCACUCCUGGUAGUUGGGCGCCUGGCGUGGACUGCAGCAGUUUUCCUAUCAAUGAUGCUUUGCUGGAAGCCUUCCGCCAAAAAACGGAAGUGUUUGUCGCGGACAAUGCCGGUGAUGAGCAAAAAGCCGGGGAACUUCUCAGGCACAAACGUGGAGAAGAUGGGGCUUCAUUCUUGCCAUCUCUUCGACUGGGCCUUCGAGAUGCAGCACAUGCAUCUAGGAGAAUCAUCAAAAGACCCUUUGAAGCAGAUCCAACUCUUGCAGAGAUCAUGCAAUCAGUUUUCUUUGGCAAGCACAGCAUAGUGGCAGCUGUUGAGAACUCCAUUCUUUUGAAGAACCGCUUUGAGCAUCAUUGCAGCAAGUUUGCUAAAUUGCCCAGCAUUCGCUCCCUUUCUCUGGCCAAACAGAGAUUUGACUCAACGCAAAAGCCGAUUAG